GAACAUGAAUAUAAUUGUAUAUUUUCUGCAUUAAAAAUCGGAAUAUGCACAUUUUACACGGUGAAACAUUUUGAAUAGAUUUUUUUUCGAAAACUUAAUCGGACCAGAUUGUUAUGCAUCGAAAUUUAUUCGAAUGAUUGUGUCAUAUGCUAGAGCUGACAUCUGGAAUUCUAACCACACACAUAUAUAUAUACACAUAAAACGAAUGAAGAUCGUGCCGCUUUUUUCCUCGUAUACUCAUCGCACACAAUUUAUGCAUUUUGUUCGUCAGUGUAUUUGGCAAAGUGUUUUUUUUACUCUCUUCACAUCGUUUCCCAAAUGAAAUAAAAACUUAACAAAUCACACCAUUCGGUAUAACAACAGUUUUUUUUUGGUGCGUUUCUUUUGGUCGUAAUACUAAACAACAUUUUUGUUGGUUAGACAUUUUGUGCGUUGUCGGUGGAUUGAUAAAAAAAAAAAAACAUUGAAAAAACCAAUAAAAUGGGCAAAAAGGACUCAUUCAACGUUGGUGAUUUGGUAUUUGCCAAAGUAAAGGGAUACCCGGCUUGGCCAGCAAAGAUUGUCGAUAUUACCAAAUCCAAGAAGUACAGUGUAUAUUUUUACGGAACCGGAGAGACCGCCAAUGUUCAAGGGAAAGAUAUCACAUUGUAUUCAAAAACAAAACAAAAAUUUGCCACAAGUAGUUCGAUGAAAAAACAGGAUUUUAAAGCGGCUAUUGAUCAAAUUGAACAAGCGUUAAAAGGCGAUGACCCAGCACCGAAUGCAUAUGAGAUUCCAUUGGACAGAUCGAAUGUAACGUUUGAUAGUACUAUCAAUAGUACACUUGAUACAACUGGACUUGAUACAACUGGACUUGAUACAACUGGACUUGAUACAACUGGACUUGAGGCAAAUAGCACGAAAAUUGACGAGUCUCAAAUUGAAGAUGACAACGACGAAGCCGAGGUCGAGGCCGAAGCAGAAGUCGAAGCUGAACAAGAGCCCGAUGAAGAAAAAGAUGAAGGCGUCGAAACUACCAAUGAUAGCCACGUUAUCACAGAAGCAGUUGAAGAAGUCCAGGAGCCAGUUAUAACAGAAGUGGCUAGAAAUACUCCAGAUCCAAUUGCAACACCAAUUGCUAAGGAACAAACAAAAGCCGAGCUCAAGUCUGCCGAUGCAAAACAAAGUCGAAGUGGUCGCGUUAUCAAACGAACCAAGUACCUCCUUGAUGAACUCGAAGAUUCACCACCAGUUCCGGUAAAGCGGAAACGACCAUCGGAAAGUCUGGUCUCAGCCCCAAAGCUGUCCCGAAAGGUCGAUGAAAUUAGUGUUCCAUCGGACAGUAAUGAUGGCGAAAUAAAACAAGUCUCUCAAAUCAUAAUGAACGAAGUGAAUCUGUUGCAAUAUGAUGUGGACAUCAAAUCAAGUUUACAGUUAUCAUCGGCUGACACGUGCCGUUGUAUUUCGGUUUUGGAAAAAUACAAGGGCUUGGAAGUGACCGCUUUGAUGCUCAAGAAAAAUCCACAAGUGGCUGAAACAAUCAAGCGUCUUCGUCGAUAUGUUGGUAACACAAAAGAAUGGAACUUUACAGAUGAACAACGCAUCGAAUUUAAUGAGAGAGCUACAAAAAUCCGAAAAUUGGCCGAAAUUAUUUACAAAAACUUCAAGAAACUUUUUGCAUUUUCACCACAAGUAUCAUUUUGGCAAGGAUUCAUGGAAGAAGUUCAAAGUUUCAAAGAGCAAACAAAAUUACUUACUCAUGAAGAAUUGAUUACGUUAACUGAAGAUGUUCAACCAGCAGUCACUCAAAACAUUGAAGUCAAAAACAGUAUUAGAGUUUAAAUAUUUUGAAGUUGGAAGGCGGAUUGAAUCUUCCUGGUCAAAGAAUUCCUGAUCAUUUUUGCCCUUGGAUAGUGAUUAUAAUUAUAAUUAAUAUAAUUAUUAUAUCAAUUGAGUAGAUUGGCGCGAUACACUUACCUUAUUAAGAAUAACGUUUACAAACAAGAAAAUGAAACACAGCGACAAUUUUAUCAGAUAUAUUAUAGUUAUGAAUUGCUUUUUUAUGAAAUAUCAACCUAUCUCAAGUAGAGAACUAGUACUAGGUCGCGCGCGCAUUAACAAGGCAGCAUGAAUAAAAUGUAUCGAAAUAAAUAAUGUUCAGCAAUUUUAUCUUUCAUACAAUAUUCAUAUAAAAUAUUCAAUUGGAUUAAAAAUGAAUUAAAAUAAUAAAAGUUAAUAUUUUUCACAAGAUAUUCCAAUUCAGAAGCAAUAAAAUACAUAAAUCAUUUCA